AUGAAGAAACUUGUCCUCCUCUCUGCCCUUGUCCUGCUGGCCUUCCAGGUCCAGGCUGAUUCUAUCGAAAACACAGAUGAAGAGACUAAAACUGAGGAACAGGCAGGAGAAGAGAACCAGGCUGUGACUGUCUCCUUUGGAGACCCAGAAGGCUCUGCUCUUCAAGAUGCAGCCAUAAGAAGGGCUUGGCGGUGCCCACCAUGCCCCAGUUGCCCGUCAUGUCUAUGGUGCCCAAGGUGCCCGAGGUGCAAAUUCAAUUCAAAAUAA